UAGUACUAGGUUUCUGUCCAACUUAAAAUUGUUAACAUGUUUAAUCACAAAAUCUGCAUAGUGCCCAAGGGGUGUAAAUACUUUUUUUACAUACUGUAGUUGGAAUUUACGCAUCACGGGCGCUCUUAAAAAUUCAGUCAGAUUAGAGCAAACGUUCGUCCUCACAUGAGCUAUGUGUACCUGGUACCUUGUAGCAGUACCUACAGGUUGAGUGCUAAGUGUUAUCUGUUAUCAGCAGGGGUAGAAGAAUGCUUGCUGUAUUAUAUUUUGACUAUCAAAUCAAUAUCGGUUCCUCGUCAGUCAGUUGACCGACUUCCAGCUCCCAAUCAAGUUGGUUUAGAAAUGUCUUCUAGUUGGUUCGGAAUAAGUUGUAUUGCGCUUAAAUGAAUCGUAUUCGAAACAUUGUCAAAAUUCACCUGUUUUGGAAAAUUUACUUGCCAACCUUCCUGUUUCUAAUACUGUACAAUGAGUAUCUAAUUCACAUUUUCCACAGCCUGCAAUGGGCCCAAAUCGAGUGUGAAACAGACAGGUGCCUCAAAGUGUUGCUAGUUGCUGACCCGCAAAUCUUGGGGAAUACCUUCGACACGAAGCUGUACUGGCCGUUAGCAAACUAUGAUUCAGACAGACAUCUAUCCCGCACGUAUCGCCGCGCCUUGCAGCACACCACCCCAGACGUAAUCUGCUUCCUGGGCGAUCUCAUGGACGAGGGCAGCGUGGCCACCGACGUGCAAUACGACGAAUACUUUGCCCGUUUCGCCAACAUCUUCACCCAACCCACGGCGGACACGUUGAUGAUUUACAUCCCAGGUGAUAACGACCUCGGCCGCGACGGCUUGGAGCCCAUCUCGGCGGAAAACGUGCAGCGCUUCCGGCAGUACUUUGCCGAGCAACCCUCGUGGGAGCUGCUGGGGCGGGCCAAAUUCUACAACAUCAACCGGGUCAGCAUGACGCUCCCGCCGGCGGACGAUCUCAACUACGAUGCGCAAUCACGAUCGAUCUUUUUGAGCCACCUGAGUCUGCUCAAGUCCGCGGGAGAGUUCUCCGCGCAAGCCGUCGAUGCGUUCCGUCCGGAUGUGAUAUUCUCGGCCAAUGACCACAGCUCGAAGGUGGCUACGGUUCCCAAAAGCAGACUUUUGAUGGAAGAUGUAACGCAUUCGCCGCUGAACGUUGAGCGGAACAAGCGCCACGAAGUGGCGAUGUUUGAUCUGGCCAGUUUAAGGCUGCAGCAGCGACUGCUGGAGAUACUGGUGCCGACCUGUUCCUACCGGAUGGGCGCCAUGAAGAUUGGCUACGGAUAUGCGGUGCUCGAUGGUGACACGCUGAAGUACACCGUCCUGUGGACGGCUCAGCGUUACUACCAGCUGGCUUCCUACUCGCUGUUGAUCAUCCCGCUGAAGCUGCUCUGUGGACAGAUUUGGUGCGCCCUGUUCAAGCGGUACUGGUGCUGCUGCAGACCACGUAACCGGACACCGUACCUUCCGCUGCACGCAAACUGAGAAUUACUCAGCUGAAAAUCUAAGGAAUUCUCAGACACAGUCAUCUCAUUAGUGAGUUAAAACAAAUAAAACAAUCCUUUAAACAGUAAUUCUUUGAAACUUUUCUCACA